CUCUCUCUCUCUCUCUCUCUCUCUCUCUCUCUCUCUCUCUAGAUUUUUUAUUUUUUAUUUUUUGAUCCGCCUCUGUCUCUCAAGAUAACUCUGUUUAUAAAUAAGGCAUCCACUUUUCUCCCAAACCCCAAGUUUUCUAUGUGCUUAGUGCUCUGAUCUUUUCAAGCUCUGAUUACAAGAUAUAAAUAUACGUUUUCCAUAUUUCUUCUCCCUAUGGCGGGUGCUGAUAAACUGUACUGUUUGGUGUUGGUAAUGGUGGUAGUAUGCACCAUCAGUUGCUACUCUGUUUCUGCAGACCCCGACCUGCUUCAGGACGUUUGCGUCGCUGAUCUCACUUCUGCUGUGAAGCUGAAUGGUUUUGCCUGCAAGCCCACUUUCAAUGCAUCAGAUUUCUUCUUUGCUGGUCUAGCCAAUCCAGGGCUCACCAACAAUUUAAUGGGUUCAAACGUGACUGCCGCCAACGUGAUGCAAAUCCCAGGUCUCAACACCCUAGGCGUAUCCAUGGCCCGCAUCGACUACGCCCCCGGUGGUCUAAACCCGCCACACACUCACCCACGCGGCACCGAGGUCAUUUUUGUGCUCUACGGCGAAUUGGAUGUGGGGUUCAUUACCACGGCCAACGUGCUUGUUUCCAAGUCCAUCACACAAGGUGAGAUAUUUACUUUCCCCAAGGGUUUGGUUCACUUCCAAAUUAAUAACGGGAAGGUUCCAGCCGCCGUUAUCGCCGCCUUCAACAGCCAGUUGCCGGGUGUUCAGGUCAUUGCCCCCACAUUGUUUACCGCCACGCCCCCAGUGCCUGAUCAUGUGUUGACUACCGCUUUCCAGAUUGGUACUAAGGAGGUCGAAAAAAUCAAGUCAAAACUCGCACCAAAGAAGUAGAGGGUGUUCUAUGGAUUCGCGGUGGGUAUGCUGUUUUCCUUCUUUUUUUGGUUGUUGAUUGACAUAAGGAUUCAUGGUCUCAGAAAAGGAAAUGGUGCGUCGGAUAGUGGAUCGCUUUUGUAUUGGAGUCCAUUACAUAUACCGAGAAAUAACAUGCUUGUUCUAAA